AUGACGAGUCAGUACUUUUCAACUUAUGUCGAAGAUUUGGAACAAGAACCUUUUGAUGCCAUUGAUUUUGUGGAACGUUUGGCUUGGCGUUUAACUGGUGGUAAAGAUGAUAUUAAUGUUACGGAUUUGAAAACAAAGUUUGAAGAGGAAAUUGGCAAUCUGCAAAUGUUAAGUGAUCAAUUUCAGUCGAAGAUAAGUUCCUUGGAACAACAAUGUGCCAAUGAUAAACGCGAAUAUUUAAACGUUCUACACAAACUUCAUGAACAAAAUGCUGAUUCUAUGGAUAAAUUAAAGCAACUGGAUAAUACUAUGCAGACAGUCUCAACUAAAGUGGUUCAUUUGGGUGAUCAACUGGAAAGUGUUCAUUUGCCACGCGCUCGUGCUAAUGAAGCUCUGCAGCUAAUGAAGCAUUUCGAUGAAUUUUUAGCUGAUCAGCCUUUGAGUUCUGAUAUCUUUACUGAUCCAGAUAAGUUAUUAGAAUCUGCUGCUAUGAUCCAGAAGUUAUCAUCUAUUUCGCAGGAAUUGGCAAAAGAUAAAUAUAGUAAUGUGCAAAUUAGAAUUGCUCACAAAUACGAUGAAAUUGAACGAUUGAUGUUGGAAGAAUUUGUGCGAGCUCAUCGACAGGGCAAUUGGCGUAGAAUGCAUGAAAUAGCCGUAAUUUUGGCUGACUUCAAAGGCUAUUCACAAUGUCUGGAUGCUUUCAUUGAGCAUAUGCAGAUUAAUGCUUUUCGUGGUGAUAACAUCUUCGAUGAUAUUUUAUCACUUUGUCAGAAGGCGCAACCGAUGCUGAAAGAGAUUUUCCCGAAUCCUGACCAAGUGAAGUCAAAGUUGAUUCUGAAUUUACUUCACGGAAAGUUGCAGGAAGUCAUAACAACGAAGUUAAACGAUUCUGAAAAUGACUUAGAAGUUUAUUUGACAACAGUAUACGAUCUCUAUUCCAGAACACAAAAAUUAGUGUCAAAUUUAUGGGCAUUGCGGAUUUCUGGAACUGAUCUUCAAUUUAUGGAUACAUUGGUGCGAUCAGUGUUCGGGCGUUAUUUGGAAACGUAUCCUACAAUUGAGAGGCAGUUUUUAACAGAACAAUGCGGCGCUGUAUUAAGUCGAUUUUACGAAUCGAAAAAUCAUCAAAAGAAGCAAAUCCAAAGUGGAGGGUGA